CUCUCUCUCUCUCUCUCUAACAUGCAGAGACAAUCUCUUGGCUUUCCAGUCUCCAAGCUCCACAGCCAUAGAGGAGACGAUACUAUUGUAGCUGAAGAUCCGAGAUGCAGAGUUGCGGAAGACGAUGAUGACAACAGCAAGCGCAAGGCAACCAAGCUUCGCCGGUUGUCGUUCUCACCGUCGUCGUCUCUGCCGUCGCUGUCGACUUCCACGCCUAAGAAGUUUAUUCACCUUAUUCCAGUUCUCACUCUUCUCUGCUUCCUCAUCCUCUAUCUCUCCGCUCACGCUCCAUCUCAAUCAGGUCUAUGUGCUCAGAAUCUACUAGGCAUCAUUUUUCAAAGGAGAUUUAAUUCUUACCAUUGACUUUUUUGUUUUGUUUUGAUUUUUUUGGUUUAGAUUUGGCUCAUUUUGCUCAAUUCAAGCGUUCCUCUAAGCAGCUAGGUAUAAUGCAGCUUCAAUUCUGCUUUAUUUUCUCUCCUUUUUCCCGUUGAUUUCAGAUUUUCAGUAUUUCUUGUCUUUUUUUUGUUAUUUGUUUUAUUUUAUUUUAUUUUCUCUUCUCCUUUUCAGUUUUGUAAUUGGCGUUGGAUUGCUUUUCUAUUCGUAAGUGCCAUUUUUCCAAUUAAUUGAAGCUAUAUUUCAUUUGUGUAUGUGGUCAUCAUUACAUCUAUAGGUUCCCCAAUUGAGCAACUUAGGUGUUGAAUUAUCAACUUGGUGUACCUACCCCUGGUAAAUUUAGAUGCAGCAUGAUGUAUUGGUGUUUGUUUAUAUAGGCCAAUCUUAUUCCUUGUGGCAUAAUCAUUUUUUAGAAGUCAAUUACUUUGAACAAAGGCAUUUUCCACACUUUUUGGGUUAAGUAUAGGAUACUCUUUUUCUUGAUCAGAAAGAGAACUGCUUGGUACUUCAUGAUUCCUUCUGUAUAUUCUAUUCUUAUGUUUAUUGUAAUAAUGUUCUCUCUCUACUUCAAUCUUAUGGGAUAUUUUAAUAUUUGAUUUUCUUAGAAUGAAAUUCAAUUUAAAUG